AUGGCUCUCAGAGGUGCUGUCACCCGCCUGCUUUCCAACAGCCAGAAAUGUGUUGUUGCCACUGCAUCCAGAGCUCAGGGAACAGCUGCUGCAGCCCCAAAAGGUACCCUUCAACUUCUGUAUCAACUCGUGAAUUAUUCUGCAAAGAUGUGAAAAACCAAACAGAUUUAACAGAAUUCUCUCUUUUUUUUCAAUCUUAAGAUGCUGAAGAAGUCAAGAAACCUGCAAAAGCUCGUAAGUGAAAGUUCAAUAAGUUAGACCCAGUCUGUCUGUGUGGAGUCCUGCGCAUGUUCUGUUUUCACAUGCACUGAUGACAUAACCGCUGUGCGUCUGUAUGUUUUAAAUGUUUUGACCUUCAGCCAAGGUGCUAUUUAACUGGCGGGACGCUCUAGAUCUGGAGGGUCAGCUGACAGAGGAGGAGAUCAUGAUCCGAGAUUCCUUCCGCGACUACUGCCAGGAGAAACUCAUGCCCCGUAUUCUCAUGGCCAACAGGCAUGAACGUAAGGGUGGCAAACAUCUAUGAUUAAAAACAAAUACAAGUUCAAGGUCUGUUGAAGACCACCUAAACUCAUUGAAAUUCUUUUAAAUGGAGUGAAUCAUUAAAGCACAUACAGUGGAUCAAAUUUUGGUUUGAAAUUUUCUAUUAGGACCAUAUUUCUGUUCAAGUUUUGAAUAACAUUUGAUCAUCAUUUUCCGUCUGUGUGUUACAGACUUCCACAGAGAGAUUGUUUCAGAGAUGGGAGAGUUGGGAGUCUUAGGCCCAACUAUUAAAGGUAAGCAGGAACAAAACAACAUGAUAAUCACUGUUAUACACAAUACAUGAGAAGCUGAAGUGCAUUUAGGAAACUCAGAUUGAAAUGUGUCAUGAUGAGAAGUACUUGGACAAUUUGACACAGUGUUAUUUUCCCUGCAGGGUUCGGCUGUGCUGGCACCAGUUAUGUGGCUUAUGGUUUGAUUGCCAGAGAGGUAGAGAGAGUGGACAGUGGGUAUCGGUCUGUCAUGAGUGUCCAGUCUUCACUGGUCAUGCACCCCAUCAAUGCCUACGGCACUGAGGCCCAGAAGGAGAAGUACCUGCCAAAGCUCGGUGAGAGUGGUGAUGUCUGCAGUUUUGAAAUGCAUAUUGAAAGUGGCAAGAGGGCAGCUUCUAAGAUUGUCAUGUCUGUUUUUCCACACAGCUCGUGGAGAAAUCCUGGGUUGUUUUGGGUUAACAGAGCCAAAUCAUGGCAGCGACCCCAGCAGUAUGGAGACCAAGGCCAAAUACAACCCGUCAAGUGGUACCUUCAGUCUCAGCGGAUCCAAAACCUGGUAAGCACAAAUGACAACAACCCCACACAUAAUAUAAAGUAGUUAACAGUUACACAUUUCUUACGCAUUUGGCUGUCAGAGCCUGCUCUAAUUCCUUAUCUUACAGAAAGUCUGGCAUUUAGGUUGAUUAAAAGUAAAAAUGUUAAUCAUUAAAUUAAACCUGGGUCAUAGUGAGGAGUCAUAUUCUUAGUCAAAGACGGAAAUAUGCAAUUAACCUUUUAACAAAGUUGGAAAUCUGUCAUUGACAAACCAACUCUGUCCUCCAACAGGAUCACAAACUCCCCUGUGGCAGACAUUGCAGUGGUGUGGGCAAAGUGUGAAGAUGGUAAGGUGCGGGGUUUCAUCUUGGAGCGUGGAAUGAAAGGUUUUUCCACCCCCAAGAUUGAGGGCAAGUUCUCUUUAAGAGCAUCGGCUACUGGCAUGAUCCUCAUGGAUGAGGUGGAAGUACCCCAGGAGAACCUCCUGCCAAAUGUCUCUGGUCUGGCUGUAAGUGCCUUCUCUCUCAAUACACCAAAGGAAUUUCAGUCUCACAGUAAAACUAGUUUUUUCCCUGCUGGUAUAUAACCUCUCUUUUGUUGCCCCCAACAGGGUCCAUUUGGCUGUCUGAAUAAUGCCCGCUAUGGCAUUGCAUGGGGAGCUUUGGGAGCUGCUGAAUUCUGCUUUCACGCUGCCCGUCAGUACACUCUGGACAGGUACAAGAUAUUCUGCUGAGUUUGAACACAAGUCAAUUACUUUAACCACUAGAUGGUGCUGUAGUCAGCAGUUAACUUGAUAGCAGACACAACAGUGGAUACCCCAGGGGAGCUGACCUUGGCUCUGAUUGUGCAUGGCUUUAAGUACAACAAGAACACAUCUGCUGUGCGUAACUAUCUCAAGAUAAAACACCUGCUGAGGAUAGCAAGGAUCACUUGUAAUUUCAGGAACUCUGGGAAUUUGAAAGGUUUGCACUCCAGAAUACCACUUUUGUUUCACUGCAAACCUUUUUUCUUUAUCGUUCUCAUAUAAUGUUUGACUGACUAGCAUUUUUAAAAAACUCUAACUAGUAGAAACAAGUAAUCCUAAACUGCCUGCUGCUCAGUACUCUUUCAGAUUGUGUCCUCAUGUUUUGCCAGUCUCUUUCAUAAAGAUUGUUUUCUAAUCCCAGAAUCCAGUUUGGGGUGCCACUGGCCAGAAACCAGCUGAUGCAGAAAAAAAUGGCUGACAUGCUGACAGAAAUUACUCUUGGGCUACAAUCCUGUUUGGCUCUGGGAAGACUUAUUGACGACAAGAAGUGAGUUGUCUUUAUGUUUUUCUAAAAAUUUGCUUUGGCCUCUGUUUGCCACUUAAGAACCAAAAUAUUUUUUCUCCAUUGUUUUUUAUUCUUCUGCUUUCAGGUCAGCACCAGAGAUGAUCUCUCUGCUCAAAAGGAAUAGUUGUGGAAAAGCUUUGGAUAUCGCCAGACAAGCGAGGGAUAUGCUCGGGGGUAAUGGCAUCGCAGAUGAGUACCACAUUAUUCGGCACGUCAUGAACCUGGAGGCUGUCAACACAUAUGAGGGUAAGCAAACACCACAGGAUACACUUGGACUUAGUAUUUAGCAUUUUCAACAUUACUUUGGGUGUCAAACUUAGGCUGCAAGUGCAUGCAUUCACCACAAGAGGUCGGUAGAGUGCAGAAUGUUACAGGUUGACGGUUGCUGAUAAAGGAAACUCUUAAUUUUAUUCAUGUAAAGCAAAUAUUUGAACUAAAUGAAAGGAAAUGAUCAGGUAUUAUUUUUGCCAAUCCAUUAGAAACACCCUAAUGAUAGAAGAAAACUAAAUUUAUCUGACAAAUCAAAUCACUGGUCAAGUAAAACCAAUGUUUGUGUAUUUCUUAAUUUAUCUUAGGAACUCAUGACAUCCAUGCUCUGAUCCUGGGCAGAGCCAUCACAGGACUACAGUCUUUUACAGUGGGGAAGUAA